UCACCAAGGUAGGUUUCCUUUUACAUAAUGAUUUUGAAACUUGGGCUUAUUUAUAAAACUAUUUCUAAAACGAAAUCUUCGACUAUUUUGAGUGUGGCAGCAGAAUAUACGGUUAAUGAUUGAUACAUUGGGGAGUGUAAUUCUAGAAGGUGUAAGAGAAUAGCACAGGUAUCAGGAGACAAUGGGAAAAGGUGAACACGAAGAGCCACAUGUCUAUUCCAGCGUUUACAUUGUUGGUGAUGUCGAUAAAGGAAAUACAUUUGUGAACACGGAAUUACCGCAAAACAAAGUUGGACCGGAACCUAUGGAAGGGGCACGAGAUUUCUGUGCGGAGGAGGAGCCUGUGAGCGCCGAUCAUGCUGAAGCAUUAAAGAGGCUGAAGGAACGCAGGGAGCGCGAGCCUUUAUUCUACUGCAAGAUCGUUACAAGGUGGCCCCUGCAGUCGUUUCUGAUUACACUGUUUGCGCACAUACUGAUGAUUUUAAUAUCAGCUGCUUUAGUGGCCUCGGGGUAUGACCUGUUGCCGGUCGACUUUGAAAAUCUGCCUCUUGAAAUAAACGACCAACACUGGAGACCCAGGGAUCUAGCGUGGACAUAUAGAGAUGAUUUCGACACUUAUUACGACAGAACACCAGUAACGGGAUAUCGUGUAAAGUCGUACUUAAGGGCAAACAUAGAUCUUUACUAUGACGCUGGGGGUGACAAUGUUUUUACCAAAGAAAGGUUAAAGAAAAUACAAUCAAUCGAAAACUCACUUGUUUCUGUAGGCGAAUACCAAAAUAACUACUGUCAGUUUGAUUCCAAUCUUACAGGAUGCCAGAGCCCUAUGUCGGUAAUCAGAUACUUCGACGGUACGUAUUCAAGUAUUGACUCGGUAUUUAACGAUCCAAAUUUCGACAAUAUAGCAGCUGUUUUAUACGAGGCAUAUACAAACAACGCAACGAAAGCAGACUUCCAAUUUUUCUUAGGGAAAUCUAACGAAAUUACGUCAACCCGAGCGUAUUCCUCAAUAACGAGAUCUGUGAUACCCCUUGGUUAUCCUCUACAGGGCUACGCUGAAGACGAAGACUACGAAAAGGUGAUGAGGACAUUUUCCGUCAACCAUAUGAAACCAACUCUCGUAAGUGUUCGCGAGAACUGUGAUUUGUUUGAUUUCAGUUACCGAUCUGACAUGCUUUGGUUGGAGGACGUGUUCACACAGGCUAUGAAAGACGUGUUCUGCGCAUUUGGCAGCAUUUGUUUCAUAUUUUGCUUAAUUCUCAUUCACACAAGGUCUCUCUGGAUUACUGGUUUAGCAAUCUUCAGCAUUAUAUCAUGUUUUGUUAUAACAAACCUUAUCUACAGAAUUGUGCUUGAUUUCCGCUACAUUGGAUUCUUUCACGUGCUCACACUGUUCAUUGUGCUUGGAAUAGGUGCAGACGACAUUUUCGUGUUCUACGACGUAUGGAGAAAUACGGCGUAUGAAUCGUAUCCAAGUCUUGCCCACAGACUGUCGGAUUCCUACAGAAAAUCAGUUUUCAGCAUGUUGUUUACAUCAAUUACAACGUCAGUUGCAUUUUUCGCAAGUGCUAUUUCACCACUUUUGGCUACAAGAUCGUUUGGCGUGUUUUCUGGUCUGGUGAUUAUUGUUAACUAUUUAUCAGUUAUUUUAUAUUUCCCAACAGUUGUUAUCAUGUAUCACACAAAGUUUGAAAAAUUUAAAUGGCCCUGUAUUGCAUUCUGCAAUAGGAAAUGUCGCAAAAACUGUGCAUGUUGCAAAAGUGAAAAUCAAAACACGAUACCUGACAAAAGACGUAGAGAUACCGUUUCGAAUUCUAAAUUUAGCGACAAAAACGGCGCAGUUUUUAAAACUGAUGCACCAAAUGGUCUGUAUCCGAAGGAGAUUAACAGAGACAAGGAAGAAUCGGUACAAGUUAGCAUAAGAGAAAAUAGACAGUCUUUCACAACGCAAAUUAGCAUCAACAAUCCGGGAACAGACAGUACGACUGUGAUGAACGGAAAAUCAGCAAAAGCCAAUGGUUUUGUGAAUGAUGCAUUUGAAUCAGAUACAUACAGAGAUGUUUACAUUCCGGAAGAGAAAAAUGCAAAAGAAAGUAAUGACAUUGAAGAGAAAAAAACCGUUCCCAAAAUGCGGAAAGAAAAAUCAUUCAUGGUUCGUUUCUUCAGAGACAAAUAUUCAAAGUUUAUAACUCACAAGGUAAUGCGAUGGGUGAUACUUGCUGUCAUGGCAACGGUUCUCAUUAUCUUCACAGUGCAGGCGUCAAAACUGGAACCGGAUAAUGAAGGGCUUCAAGUCCUGAAGGACAGUCAUGUAUACAGUAUAGCGGAAGAUCACUCAGUGAACUCGUUCGUCCUCAGUAACGCCGACAGAACGCUUAUACUACACAUUGUUUGGGGUAUGCACCCGAAUGAUAUGAGCGACUGUCAUUUUUCCACCCCCCAGUGCCGCGGUAAGAAAGACUGGGAUACCAGUUUUGAUCCAAACACGCCGGAAGCCCAAACAGCAGUACAGAAUAUGUGCAGUACAAUGUUCAAUUGGUCUCCUGGCGAAGCCAGCCAGUAUCGUGUGCGAACUGAUAUUAUAACUGGCGAGUACCAGAUCAGCUGUUACAUACACAACUUGGACCAAUUUCUGGAGGAGGAGAGUGCGAGCACUGGGACUGACUGGAACCUGACCUACGAUUAUACAAAAACUUUGGCCUUCAUGAACGACAGAUCUACCUAUUAUGAUACGUCAGGGUUCACAUCAGAUUACAAACAUUACCUUGAGGUACCGAUAUCAUACUGGUUGUCAAACAAGUACAGCUAUAAUUACACUGAAGAUUUCUACCUCUUUGAUGAACUGAUUGGUGAAAUGACGGGAGAUUAUUCUACGGCCCUGAAAACGGACAACACACGGAAGUACGGAAAUGAUAUAAGAUACAUUGGAAUACAAGUAAACACAACUAUCAAAGUACGAACACUAGGGUAUGCAGAGGGGAUACCAAUUAUGAACAAAUGGGAAGAUUUUGUGAAUGCCGAGAUGACGAAAAUGCCCGUUGGUAUGAAAAAUGGGUUCCAAACAACAAGAUACAUUUGGCACUGGCUUAUUGUUUCAGAGAUGUUGGCAAAGAACGCCAUGUAUGGUAUCAUUAUCGGAGUGUCACUUGCACUUCCUAUACUCAUCAUAGCAACAAGGAAUAUAAUCACAGGCUGCCUAGCAACGUUUUCAAUGUGCUGUAGCACCGUUUGUGUGAUUGGAGUUAUUCCCCUUGGAGGAUGGAAACUCGGCGUUUUAGAGUCACUGAACAUGUGUAUGGUGGUGGGUCUAACUGUAGACUAUGUUGUCCAUCUCGCGGAAGGAUACACCCUGUCUCUACACAAAGACAGGUUUUCACGUGUACGCGAUAUGCUCGACGAAAUGGCAGUCUCGGUGUUCUUCGGCGCAAUCACUACACUAGGCGCGUCCAUGUUUAUGUUUAUUGCACAGCUUUCCUUCUUUUUGCAGUUUGGAAUAUUUAUGUUUUCUACGAUUGGGUUUUCACUGUUCUUUGCAAUGGGUAUGUUUGUGACAUUGAUGGGUUUGUGUGGACCACAGGGUGACACUGGAAAUCUUGUAGCGUUGUUUCAAAGGUUACACAAAUGGUGUAAGAGCAAAAGAGGUGAAGGUCUGCCUCCAUCAGAAAGCCGAGCGCAGUUAGCCCCAGGAAAUAUGCCGUCGUCGGGAAGUCGUGCAUCACUGGCGUCAGGUUACCUGCCUUCAAUAAAUAGCAGAGCAGAACUUAACCCAACCUGAGAAAAAAAACAACUAAAUAUUGUUGAAAAUGAAAACAAACAUUAAAAAUCAGCAUCAUGAAAACAGAAAGACUAUUGUCACAUCAUGAAAAGCCUAGUUGUCGUGAAACAUGUGUCAUUUUUAUCUAGAGGGUGGGGUGAGGGCAGGGGGUCGCCGUUGCUGGCAAAUUUCGGCGUUUAAGGGCAAAUACACAAUUUUAAAAGACAUUGAUCUGUUUUACUCGCUCAUCCGCCUGCUCGGGCAACGUUGUCAGCUUCACAACAUUCGUUUUAAUAAACUUUUAGAUCCACUUCAACAAAAGUUUACACGUUUUUGCUCGAUAUUCUGCUAAAGGUGGAGUAAAAGGCUUUUGAUUAAAUGGUCACAAAAGGUACAAGUCACUAAAAGAUAUAAAAUUUCUUUCCCACCAGGAUUUACAGCAAAGGGUAGAUGCUUUUACUGAACUGAAUAGCUAUUCUUUGCUUGAGGGGACCGUUUUACAGAUUGUUUUCAACUUCAUGGUUAAAGGGGUACAACCAUCUAUCACUGCUCUAUUGUCGAUACAGGUAGGCCGUGUCUUAUAAAAUAUACAAAUUUUUAUCCCUCUACGAAUGAUUAUAAUUAUAGUACAAGCUUCAUAAUAGAAAUAUUAUUGGCGGGGGAUAUAACUUGGCGCUCUGAUAUUAAAAAUCAUGUCGUGGUUCUGUGUGCAGUAAAACUGUUUAUGUACUUAGGAUCACUUCUAGCUGUAAGUCUUGGUAAAAGAAAUUAUGAUUGGUAAAACAUUUCAUUAUCUUUGAAUACCUGUGUCCUUUUUGUUGUAAUAACGGCUAUAAUUAGCAUUUAUAUCUGUUUAGAGAUGUUAUCGGUCAUGUCAAGAAUGCAUAUGUCGGUAAAUUUGCUAAAAGAGAUUUUAGAGAAUACAUAUCACCUUAACGAUUUUCAUGUACGCUUAAGGCCAUGCCAAAUUUGUUAGUAGUUUGUCAGAAAACUAAAAAAGUAUGGAGCAAGCGUACGGUUUUUAUAAUUGUCUUUGUUUUUUCUUUAAAAAAUUCAGACUUUAAGGUAUAUUUUUCAAGAAAAUUAUUUUCCGUAAAAUAGUGAUAAUAUCAAACUACAGGUUCUUCAUAACAAUGUGUUCAUGAACGAAAAAAGGUUUAGAUCAGGAUAUUCUGCUUUUCAAGUCUAUAAGCAUACUGCUUUGAAAUUUAAUAUUCUGCUAAUUUUCCAGAAAAUAAAAAUAUGGCGCCUACCUGGCCGAGUACUUUGAAUCACUUGACUUUCAUCAAUGUAGUUUCGAGCGUCGCUCGGGUGUUGAACUCUUCAUGUAAGAUAGCCAUCCAGCUGGAAUAUCGGUUCUACCCAAGUGAUCGCCCGUGAUGAAAUAAUACACUGAGAGACACCUGGGGUCUUUCUCCACCAUCAAAAGCUGGAAACCUCCAUAUAAUCCCAACAACAAAAAAGAGAGUAGAAAUUGCCAUGACCGCAGAAGGGGGUCCAUAUAAUAAUAGUUCAGGGUCAUUUUAUAAAUAAAGCAGUGUUUAAAAUCUGUUCACUGAAAAAAUUGCUGGUAUUGAUUGGCCGCCCAACAAAAAAAAUGAAGAUUUUUUCUGUACAUGUUAGCGAGUAAAUUAAUUUUUUUUCUCGAAAGUCAUUUUUUUUUUGAAGAACUGCUAAUCAAUUUGGCAUGGUCUAAUUGAAACAUCGUAUGUGUUAGAGAUUGCAAGUUUCAUUUUCUGACUUUGCAUUUUAACGAAAUUAUAUUCCUUUUAGUUUUAAGUGUUGGAUUAGGUCGUGUAUGACGAUAAUGACAAUCGUUAUGUUUUAUGCUAUUUUUUUAUAUAUUUUAUGGAAUACUUGUUAUAUACAUCAAGAAUCUCACUAGAUAAUAAACAGAGCUAUGUUAAUAAUAAUUUAUCUGAAUACAAUGUAAUGACAAUGCUUAUGUUACUACGCUGUAUAAUAUGCUUGCUACGUUUCUGAUUUCAUAUUUUAAAUUAUUACAUGACCCGUAUAAAUCGUUUUUGACCAGCAAGCCGUUCAGGAAGUGUAUACUAUAUUACAGUUAUAUGUACUAUUUAUCUCAGACUUGGUCUCUUUUGUGCCGUCAUCACAUUAGAUGUAGGUAUACCUCUUCUGUGCCUUUAUCCUGGAGCUUUUUUCUGACAUUAGCUGUAUGUACAGUUAUCGUUACAGAUAUCAGUUGUUGGACAUUUUAAAUCUGACAUCUUUCCUUAAACACCGGAGAAUGUCGAAAUCACAGACGGAGAAUAUAAAAUGGUGCCGAUCGUCAUAACGCAGCCAUUACCUUAGGGGAUCUUGGCUAAAAUCACUGUUAUUACCUCUGUCACAGCCUUUGCUCAACAUCUGUUUUAGGACAUUAUCUAACAGUGUUCGACAUUAAGACCAUUGUUCGACAUAUUUAUAUGAAUAUGUUUUAUCUGUGAUCAGCGGUGAAUGUCCAGUCAGAUCAAACAUGUCUACUUUUAACCCAUCUUUGUAAAAUGACACACUUGUGCUAUUUUAUUACUAGUAAAGUUAUUUGUAAAUGUCGUAUAUGCAUAUGGUUUUAAUGCACCCAACGAUAUAAAUAAAAUGUGCUUCAUUAUUGUUGUCAGCAAUGCAAGUGAGAUAUUUAUGCGAACUUUAUAUAUAUAUUGUUGUGUAAAUAUUUAAAUGUUACGUUGUUUUAUUUGUUGAUUUUAUUUUGAUAUAACUGAUCAAAAACUGAGUAAAUCUGGAUUUGAAUAAA